CGUUGGACCUGUUGUUGGAUCAAAUCUGAUUGCACUUUGGACUUUCUCUCUGCUUUUCAACGUGAAACCGUGACAGUGUAUUUACUUCUCGAAGCGAACAGUUUAAACUUUGGCACACACAAGAUGAUCAACACGGGAAAGCUAGCUGGACGCACCCUCUUCAUUACGGGAGCCUCGAGAGGAAUCGGCAAGGAGAUUGCCCUUAAGGCGGCUCGUGAUGGUGCCAACAUUGUGGUAGCGGCCAAGACAGCCGAGCCACAUCCAAAGCUGCCCGGCACCAUUUACUCAGCUGCCGAGGAGAUCGAGAAAGCCGGCGGACGAGCCCACCCCUGCAUUGUCGAUGUGCGCGACGAGGUCCAGGUUCGGACCGCCAUUCAGGAGGCAGUGGCCAAAUUCGGGGGCAUCGACAUUGUCGUCAAUAAUGCUAGUGCAAUCUCUCUGACCAACACACCCAACACAGAUAUGAAGCGGUACGACCUUAUGCACAACAUCAACACCAGGGGAACCUUCUUGGUCUCCAAGGAGUGCCUGCCGUACUUGAAGAAGAGCAACCACGCGCACAUACUCAACAUCUCGCCACCGCUGAGCAUGCUGCCAAAGUGGUUUGGCCCACAUGUGGCCUAUACGAUGGCCAAGUACGGCAUGUCCAUGUGUGUGCUGGGAAUGGCGGAGGAGCUCAAAGAUGAUGGCAUUGCCGUCAACGCUCUCUGGCCCCGCACUGCUAUUCUGACUGCUGCCAUCGAAAUGCUGACUGGUGCCGAAUCCGCUCAGUGGUCGCGAAAGCCCGAGAUCAUGGCAGAUGCGGCGUAUGCCAUUCUGUCGAGGGAGCCCAAGCAGUUCACUGGCCAGUUCUUUAUCGAUGAUGAAGUGCUUGAAGGAGCCGGGAUCAAGGAUCUCAAGCAAUACGCCUGCGUGCCCGACAAUGCCGAUAACCUGAUGGUUGACUUCUUUGUGGAGGCCAAGGGAGCGACAGCCGCGACAGCAGCUCCUGCUGCAGCUGGCGCAUCCACACCCACUGCAGGCAGUGAUAACGGCAAAAUACCGCAACUCUUCCAGAAGAUUGAAUCUCUUCUAUCCCCCGAGAUUGUCUCCAAGACGCAGGCCGUCUUCCAGUUCAACAUUAGCGGUGCUGAGGAGGGUAUCUGGUACUUGGACUUGAAAAAUGGCACCGGCUCCUGCGGCUCCGGAACGCCACCAACCACACCCGACUCUACCCUCACGAUGAACUCGAACAACUUCUUCGACAUGUUUUCGGGGAAAUUGAAGGCGGCACCAGCCUACAUGACCGGCAAGCUAAAGAUUAGCGGAGAUUUCCAGAAGGCCCUCAAGUUGGAGAAGCUCAUGAAGGCGCUCAAGUCAAAGUUGUAGGAGUUUCGAUUGCAUUUCAAUAUUUCUUAUUUCUUACUCACAAUUAUAUCUGACAUCCUGCAUGCAAUAAAGUCUGAAUUCUAUAAGC